AUGCCGCUCCUCUUCAGCAGCUCCACCGAGGCCUCCGAUCGCGCAUCCGACGAGAGGCAACGUCGAAGUCGCGGAAGCUUAUCUGCCAGGUCCGGCGCGGCGCCCGCCGUCGCCGAAGAAGGAGAACCCCAGCUGGAUGAGCUUAAGAUUGUCCACAUUGCGCCUGACCUCUUGGUAG